AUUUAACUUAGACCGGUUCUAAUUUCGUUUCCAUAGAAGCUUAUUUUUUGUUACAAAAUUUGCGACGUAGACCUCAUUCUUAGCAACAUGGCCGACGAUGCAGAUCUCGAGGAAAUCCGUGCCAGGAGAAUGGCCGAAUUGCAGGCACAGAUGGGAGGCCAAGGGGGCGGCAAUGAUCAACAAAAGGAGAAAGAAAGACAGAUGGAAGAAAUGAAACACAGUAUAUUGAGUCAAGUUCUUGAUCAGUCAGCUAGAACAAGGUUAAACACAAUAGCUGUAGCCAAACCAGAGAAAGCUAAAAUGGUAGAAUCAAUGUUGAUACAGAUGGCCCAGUCAGGCCAAAUACAGGGGAAGCUAAAUGAGACCCAGUUGAAAGGAUUAUUAGAAAAAGUGAGUGAACGGACACAGAAAACCACAACAGUUAAGUUUGAUAGAAGAAGAGCAGCUUUAGACAGUGACUCAGACUGACCAGUUAUUGUGACAAUCCUAAUGCUACAAAGUGCUGUAUUUCAUAAUGUGCUACACCUCCGAUUGACUCAACAAGGCACAAGAUACUGAACUUUUAUACAAUCCAGUCUGUGUUAAGAAGCCGUUCAAGGAAGCUAUUAAUAUUUGGUGUCUUUUUUUUCUGGUUGUCUGCUUGAUAGAGAGCAGCAUGUAUAGAAUAUGAUAUGGAAAAUUAGGACCUGUUAAAAUUUUGAUUUGAUAAUAUGGCAGCAAUAGGAAAGUUGAAUAGAGGUGGCCACUUAAUAUAGGUUUGACUGUAAACAAAGUUCUUUCACCAAAAUAAGUUUCAGCAUUCUAAGGAUAGACCAGAACAUCAUUAUAAUCAAACAGUUUUUCCACUUGUGUUCAGAAGAAGUCCUUGAAUUGCUCAAAACUUUAUCCACUGAAUAUAAAACACACAAAUGAUGGAGUCAAAUGGUAGUUUCACCUUUUUAGAGGAGCUGUUGCUAAUUUUUCAAAAAAAGGCCCAAGAAAAUGGAUGUUGUAUUUUCUUCCCGCUUAUAUUUAUUGCUAGAACAUUAUGUCCUUAUUUUCCUAUGACAUUCUAGGGUUAAAUUUUGAGAAUUGUUCUUUUAAACUCACAUUUUCAUCGGUUCUUAUCCAAAUAACUGUUUGCCAUAUUGGAUUGUUAGUGGUUUUGUUUCAUGUUUAUAUUGAACGUAAUGUAAAUUUGUCUAUUGAAUGAUUUUGUUCGCAAAGUGACCAGUCAGAUUCAAAAGGACCUUUUGGGCCAAAGGUUUCCGUCUUAUUCCGGUACAUGUAUGUCAUGUACAUUGCAGUUCAAUGUAUCAGAAAAUAGGAUAGAUGGAUAGACAUGCACCGUUUCCUGGUAAAACAAUCUUCAUCUAAAGACAAAUGAAUUCAAUUUCAAGACAUGUUUGCAGAAAUUACAAGUGUAAAUACAAGAAUGAUUAGAUACAGACUUGGCAAAGGAUAUUAUGGCCACGAACAUAUCCACCAAAUAAUUGACUUUUUGAUUCACAUUUUGUGCUGCUUUAUUGUUACAUCCUCUCCUGAUGUUGUUUACAAACGGAAAUGGGAAAGGUCAUUUUGAAUCUGACUAUGUACAUGGGGGUUUCUGCUGACAUGUAAAGAUAAGUGACAUUAGAAUGAUGCACAAUGUAAAAUAGGAUGUGUGUUUAUACAUGUACACAGGAAUUAUUUUUUUCACUGUAUACCAUAAUGCAAUCUUUAUGUGUAUAAGUUAUUUAUCAUACAUAUUGUGAUGCCCAAAAUUAGUGCUUUUCAAAUUUUAUAAUAAAAUUUAUUAAAGAUGAAA